AGUCACCCUCCACUAGUAGCCAGAGAGCGAGAUACAGUUCAAGUGAGCCUGGAACCUGUUUAGUGCUCGUCAUCUUUACCUAACUCUACAAGGACGUAAGGUGGACUCAAGAUGGGUGAACGAGAGUAUGAUCUGGUAGUGUUCGGGGCCACGGGGUUUACCGGACAGUUUGUUGCCGAAGAGGUUGCCAAGAUUGGUGAGAAAAAUCCAAAGCUGAAGUAUGCUUUUGCUGGCCGCAGCAAGGAUAAGCUGAACAACACUGUGUUGGAAGCUGAAAUGCAUACAGGACUUGAUCUGAAGUCUAUUGGGCUGAUUGUUGCAGAUGUUAAGGAUGAGGAAAGUCUCCUGAAUAUGGCAAAACAGACCAAAGUUGUCAUCAACUGUGUUGGACCAUAUCGCUUCUACGGUGAAAAAGUGGUGUCUGCGUGCAUCAGGGCUGGAGCUAACCACGUAGACAUCAGCGGGGAGCCUCAGUACCUGGAUACAAUGCAGUUAAAGUACUUCAAGGAGGCUGAAGAUAAUGGUGUCUAUGUUGUGGGGUCUUGCGGUUUUGAUUCUAUACCGGCAGACAUGGGCACACUCUUCCUGCAAGAUGUCUUUCCCGGGGAUGUGAAUUCAGUGGAGGGGUCGGUUGGUUUUGAUGAUGCCUCGUAUGGAAGCUCUACUGUUAACUUCACAACCAUGGAAUGUGCAGUACUGGGACUGACACACAGUAAGGAGCUGAGGGGCAUACGUAAGCAGCUCUUCACCACACCUCUCCCCAGGAAUCCCUACAAGCCUGAACCAAGGGGGAAAUUGUUCUUUGGCGAGGAGGCACAGCGCUGGUGUGUCCCAAACAUAGCAUCAGAUCGCUCUGUUGUGAUGCGGUCUCAGCGCCUCCUCUACCAGAUGUCCAAGAGACGCCCCACCAGGAUCACCAUGUUCUUUGGCAUGAAGUCUUUGCUUACUGCCAUAGGGAGCAUAUUUAUGGGCAUCUUGUUCUACCUUAUGACAUCAUUCACCUUAACCAGGAAUUUACUGUUGAAGUAUCCAGAGUUCUUCACAUUUGGCCUCUUCUCUCGAAAAGGGCCGAAGCGUUCUGACCUGAUCGGCCUGAAGUUCUCGGUGACCUUAACAGGGAAGGGUUGGGACAAGAAGCUGGAGGACCCUGAACAACAGCACACAGAACCUCCCAACACCUCUAAGACAGUUCAGGUUGUGGGACCUGACCCAGGUUACUUUGGUACUGCCACACUAGUGACCCAGAGUGCCAUGACCAUCCUGGAGGAGAAGGACAACCUGCCUGGAAAGGGCGGGGUUUAUCCUCCUGCAGCAGCAUUCCAUCAGACUUCCCUCAUCACCCGCCUCCAGGAAAAUGGAAUCAAGUUCUUUGUCAAGGAAUAACUGAAUAUUAAUAAGCUGACUAUUAUUUGGUAAGACCAGAUUAAUUGGUGUCACUCAACAGUUCACAUUUAUUAUUUGGAAAGACGAGUGAACUUGUUAACUGCAUAUCAGUAAUAUAUUAACUUUAUUCCAGUAGCAUCUAGUCAGUAAUGAAAGGGAACAAAUUACUUUAUUUUUAUAAGGAUAAUUCAGAUUAACUAAUGAUGAUAGUCAAUAUAUAGGAGAAUGCAUGUAUUACAAACAUGAUAGUUUAUUUUUGGUGAGGGCAAACUUAUUAAUCUUUAAAAGUUAUUAUAAUUUGUAAGACAGCAAUAAAUAUGGAAAUAAU